CCUUAAAACCGGGGGCUCGGGAGUCCCCGCGCGUGAACUCGGCGCGGGGGGCUCGGGACGGGCAGCCAUGGAAUUGAACUCCCUGUUAAUCCUCCUGGAAGCGGCCGAGUACCUGGAGCGGAGAGACCGAGCGUUCCUGCAAAGGAGGAAAAAAUUGCAUGGAAAAAAUAUAUUGCCACUAAUGCUGACUUUGUCCCUAGAAGCAGAACAUGGCUAUGCAUCAGUGUUACCCUUCGAUAGUGACUAUUCCAGAAAGAAAACAAAGGCAGGCACCAUGGCCAGAAAAUCCCAGAAUAACAGGUCAUCACACAACGAACUAGAAAAACAUAGGCGGGCUAAACUCCGGCUAUAUUUGGAACAGCUAAAACAGCUUGUGCCUCUCGGGCCGGACAGCACCAGACACACCACUCUAAGUCUGUUGAAAAGAGCUAAGAUGCAUAUCAAGAAAUUGGAAGAACAGGACCGAAAAGCUCUAAAUAUUAAAGAACAAUUACAGCGGGAACACCGCUACCUCAAGCGCAGAUUGGAGCAGCUAUCCGUGCAGGGCAUGGAGCGUAUCCGCACUGACAGCAUGGGAUCAACAAUAUCCACUGACUCUGAACAAGAAGUAGACAUUGAAGGAAUGGAGUUUACUCCAGGUGAAAUGGACAGUAUUGGAAGUGCCAGUGAUGCUGAAGACCACUACAGUUUGCAAAGCGGUUCGAGUGACGGAGGUUACACACAUUCCCGCAGACUGAAUGCCAGGCUCUCAUAGUGCCUGAGUUACCUGUUCAACUCAGGACCAUCUGACUGAAGCACUUAUAUAUGAAAAUUCCAGAGGUGUCAACUGCCACUCUUCCGGGAAACCCCAACCACAGUACUCUGACAUGGAGGUUUCUUACCCACGGUUCCCUGCACUGUAACCACAAUAUUAGAUAUUGUAAAUCAUGGGUUUGCUGCAGAGAACUGUGGUUAGGUACAGUUGUGACUUAAAGCUAGCUUGAUGUAGCCAUACUGCAAAUUAAAGGAAAUAAAUUCUGUCAUUCCAUUCAAGAAGAAUUAAAUUCAAACUGUUGGAAGCAUGGCGUAAGGGAGUUUGACAGUUAUUUUGAUUUUGCAGAAACCAUUUUUCAAACAUGGAAGAAUAAAUGGAAUCUACAAUGUGUUAGUGAUUCAGAGAUACAAAAACCUAAAACUACUUUUUGUGGUAUUUUUUCAUGAAAAAAACCAAAACAAAACAAAAAUCCAAAACAUUUUGAAUGCUGCAUAGUGGGCUUCAUAGAGCAAAUUCUUUCAGCAGUUGUUGUUUGGGUGAAGCAGGCAGAUAAAUCUUCAAAUCUCAGAUGAUCUUUAGAAAAGGUCAUAUUUACAAGUCACUACUGUACUUCAAAACGGGGGAAAAGCCAGCUCUAAUAAUGACUUCAUGUGGGAUGAUCUCAACUUUCUUUUGCUUUUUGUAUUCAAUAUCCAACCAGCAACAAAUCAUUCUAUCCAUGUUAAUGGGAGCAGUAGAAAGCAACAUGGCAGUUUUAACCUGUUAUCGUGGAAUGGAUGACAUCUGAAGCAUUUCAGUGGUUUCAUGGGUUGUUGUUUUCAUUUCUUUCUCUGAAGAAUACAGAACUCAAGUGAUCCAGUUUGUGAUAGUUAAUCUUUCCUUGCAAGGAAAUGAAAUCUGUUUGCUUGUAUUUUUUUUCUUUUCUUCUAUUUACACAUGUCAAUACAUUUUUAUGGAAGGCAUGGCUUAAGAUUACAGUAUUCAGCUAGAAGGUAAUUAAUUUUUUUUUCUUUUGCACACUAUAAUUGCAUUUUCUAUUCUUAAAAAAAAGUGCAAAAAAAAUUAAAAUGUAUGCUGUAAAACAGCAAAGUUUAUUUAGUACUCAUCAAGCUGUUCAGAACAUAUUUACCCAACUUGUAGCAAUACUAUGAAGAUGUAUUUUAAUACAACUUCUGCUUAGUGAAGUCAUUAGAGCUUGGCUUGCCGGGUAAGAAAAAAAUGGACCAGUCUUUGCAUUACCUGUUUAAAGAAGGUCUUUUAAAAAAAAAAAAAGGAAGGAAAAAAAAAAGGAAAAAAAUUAAAUAAAAAAAAAAAAAGAAAAAAAAAAAAAGCUAUAAACACUUUUAGGGAAGUGAUUUUAGCAAGUGUAGUCUAUAUUUCCUGUAAGAGAUUUUGUAUUAUAUUUUCCUAAAUGUUCUCAUUUACUUGUAUAGGGAGGGGAAUGGUACAGACCCAGACCAGAGUCUCAGGGACUCUUCACCUUUGUCAUAUUGUGCCUUGGUGACCAUUUAUGUAUGCCUCUCCUUUUCAUUGUUUAAAGGACAACUAAGCUUUGUUUCAAGACCCUCUGUUCAAAUGGUCAGUUGUCCACCUUCUUGCGGAAGAAGCAGAGAGGUGUAUUUAUAUCUUCACCCUCUCACAACGGAUUCAGUGUGGCUUUAAGUGAAAUCAUAACAUUAGGUUUUGGUGCGAGGGUGAAUUGUCUUUGUAUGAGCCCUCCCUUGGAUCCUUCAGCACCCGAAUCUAUAUUUUGUUAGCUUCUAAAGUCAGGGUCUCUGUGAGACCAGCGCUCAGUGGCUGAGGAAACACAAACGUGCUGCGUAAGGCUAUGGGAUGUCCAAGUGUGGUGCCAUUUUUAGCAUUCAGAUACAAGACCUCAUGACAGACUGACCAUAAUGAUCAAAAACAAAGGUUCAGUUGUUCUUUCAACAUCUGACAUAUGUGUCCUCCCUUUGGCUCUUACAACACGGGGUAGAAAUACGAAAUCAUUUUGUGGCAGCUUACAGAUCCUUGUUUGCACUCUCGCUUACUGCUUGGAACUUGCCAACAAGGAAAACAUACAUUUAAUUUACAUAACCUAAUGGAUGGCCACCCCUACUUUGGCUCUGGGGAGGGGCCUAAGGUUAUCAACUCUGGCAGCUGAAUAAAAAAAAAAACAAACCAAUUAACAAUUUUCUGUGAUGCAGGUUUUGGUAUUACGUUCUAUACACCUUGCAUAUUACUAAAAUCCUCAUUGUUGGGGAAAGCACACAGCAAUAUUCUCAUUGUGUGUAGCUGACAAGCAGCAGAAAUUACUAGCUCCUUUGGUGCAUAUGUAACUAAUUUCCAAAUCAUGGAAAAAAAAAAAAAAAGAGUUUACUUUAACACACGACUGUUAACAGGAAAAAAAAAAAAGGCUAGUAUAUUGUUGCUGUUCAUUUAUUAUAUAAUGAACACAUUCAUGGAUUGUAAAGUGUUUCCUUUCAUGACAAGCAGCUCUUGCACAGAACCUCCGAAUGAAAAAAGAUUUGAAACUUACAGAAGGAAAAACGAGACUUUAAAUUGAACAUUAUUGUACCUUAGGUCAACCUGAAAUUUUCCUUUUAAAGAUGAAUGUGCUAACUUAAUGAGUUCUUCCACGCUGGGUAUCCAUGGCUUUGUAGAUCUUAUAUUUUCAAUAAAAAUUACUCGAAUAAUCUUGAGUGGAAAUAAAAAAGGGUUUAUUUGUUUUUACUUUUUCAGUUAUUACAGCUGGGAGCUAUUAUGCUGGUAGAGAAAAAUGACACCAUACUGCCUGUGUCAUUCUCCCUCAAGCGCAGCCCAAUUUAAGGUGGAAUUUUCAGGCACAGCUUCCCCAGACAGCAGCAGCCCAGUUAGAGGCAAUGGCACAGCAGUUCCAAGUGUCGUGUUUGGUGGCUGGUCUGGCCCCCCAGCAGAGCUGCAGUCCCACAGGCAUAGCUGGGGCUCUGACAUUCCUUCAGGGACACGAUUCUCCUGCUACUGAGCAGCCAGUGCAGCGCUACCUGUGGCCAUAACCCCUUGGGACGCAAAGUGUGCUAUUUUUCUUAAUUUUUUUAAGCUGGACAUUCUGUGCGUGCGUGUGUACGUGCAUGCAUCCGUGUGUGCACACAACUGUACCUGUAACCACGACACGACUGCCAAAAGCAAACCGUUGGCUGUGAGAUUAAAUCCUGCCACCAUCUCAGCAGCCCUGCCGUGGUGUGUCGUGAUGGUGCUUUUAGCAGGCGAGGAGGUACCAGUGCUCAGCUCAUCUGAAUUCCCCUGCAAUUACCGCAUCGGGAAAGAAGGAGCAGGGACAAGAUUACAGGGCUGCUAGGUCUUUUCCUCUGCGGAAAGGGCUCUGGGGGGAUGAAGUCAUCGAGAAGUUCUUUUUAUGGAGACGUGGAGGUUUGGCCUGUUUCCUUGGGGGAGAAGAAAGGAAGGGCUUUCCCUUGCAGCAGGCAGGUGUCGGGAGGAUACGCCUCCUCACUGCUCCUGGAUUAGCGCUUCCUCCAGCUCCAGGAGUGCACUCUCUCAUCACCGCAGAGAGGCAUAAAAAAACAGCCCAAAAUUGUUAGGUUUUUUCUGCACAUUCUCCACUGUAAUUCAGAGGAUGAAUCUUCCUUCACAUCCAUUCUCUCUGCCCGACUUGUACCCUGCCAGGCCCAUUGCAGCUGAUUCUUCUGAAAAGAGCAGGUUUGUCAGUAGAAACUCUUCAAGGUAUUGUUAACCAGAGGCUGGAUCCUAUAUUGUCUUGUGCAAAGGACAAACUCAGUUCAGAGAGUUUUACUGGAUUAAAUCAGAAAUAAUAAGCCCCCCCAAAAAUCCAUGAGAAGGACAGUUUUUCAUCUGGUGUUUAUAGAUUAGUUUCUAUCCUAAUUUUUUAGUAGUGUAAGCUUUGAGGUGGGAAAAAAAAGACUUAAAAUCUAACGCAACUUGCAUCUAACUUACAGAAUUAAGACUGUCUGGCCUUAAAUGGUGUUACUUUUUUUGACAUGGAUGAGCAUGGAUUCAGCUAUACCACAUGCAGCCUACCAACAUUUAGUGUUAAAAGUAAAAAAGAAAAAAAAAAAAGCUAGUGAUCUAGCAAUAAAUUACAGUGAUAAAUACCAGUAUUCUGAACACCCAACUGUACACUUUGCAUAACUCAUUUCAGCACAUGAACUUAAAUGCCAAAAGAGGAGAACUGGGAAGCGGAAAGAGGUGAAGUUGUGUGAGCGUGGGCUCUGCCUGCAGACCUGCUCCAGGGUGGGUACUUCUGCUUUUCCUGGAGGUACUUACAGCAGUCUCUGCUCCCGGAACAAGUGAUUAUUUCACCAUUUUACCAACUUCUUGGCAGACUGGUAAUUAGUGGUGCAAUUUUUGAUCCUCGCAGAUCAGCCCUGUGGAAUAGAAAUAUUUUUGAAAACAGCCACAUCAUCACAGUUUUUAAUUAAGCAAUAUUAAUUUUAUACACUUCAUUUUAUGAUGGCACUGAUAAAGUUACUCUUUCAGAAACCUGUUGUGUUUUUUGUUUUUUUUUAACUGGUAGAGGCCACUGGUUUGUGUGGUAUGAGCCAGUAACAGUGCACUAACUUGCACUUUCCAAAAUUGGUGGAAGGAUAAUUGAAUCCCUUUAGAUACCCUUUAAGUAAGAGCUGUACUCCCUACAAAUACUAAUGGGGCAAACACACUAGAAAUUAAUUUCACCAGCAAUGAAAUGAGCCAAUUUGCUUAAGUGACUGCCUAAAAGCACUGUUCUUAAUUGGUAGCUGCAAAGAAAACAUCCAAGUAACUACCCAGAAUUAAAAUCCAGGGGAUAUACGAAACAGAAUAAGGCCAGAAACCAUUUGGUCACCUUGGCUGUUCUCUCUGCCUGAAGUAUUGUAAAUAACCCCAGGAAAGGAUUCCUGGGGAGGCAUGACCAGACAGAGGCUGGCCCAUUGGCAAAGCAGAGUGAAGGCACCCCAAUUUCAGAAUUUCUUUAUUCCAUUUUGCAUGAGAGGCAUAAACUGUGGUUACGUGGGAUUUAUGGCAUUGGAAGGGUCUGUGCAAUACGGAUGUCUAAGUGAUGAAACUUUGGUGCAGGUGAAGCACUGACUGAGAGCCUUCUGCUGCUUACUGGUGGAAAUUGUUACCUAAAGGUGUUAUGAGUGGGUUCUGUGCCAGAGCCUCUGGGUCCCAGAGCCAAAGGAAUGGUUCAUAGUCUGUGAGAUGCAUUUUACUGUAUUAUACAGAUUCAUUUGUACGCACGUACAUGGCGCUUGCUACAUUCUGUAGCACACGGAGUACUGUGUUGUAUCAUUAUCUCGUCAUAAUAUAAAUACAAAUUUUUAUACCUUUUU